AUGCAUCAGCAGUCCGUAGUACAGAUACUGACGUUUUACCUAAUAAAUGUGACCUUCGACCUUCAUGGAACUCUUGCCAAAACGGAAGCGUUUGCCGCCAGUUCCUCUUCCAAAUGUUGCAGCACGUGCACCGGCAAGACGUCAGACGUCGCCACUAGCGGCGACCCACUCAUCGUUUCGCAGUGCACGAACGUGACGGGAGGCAACUGCUGCUUCGAUUGUGGUAAUUUGGGUGAGCUGACUUAUGGAAACACAGUGUCGUAUGGAGAGGACGGCGUGACGGCAGUAGCCAAGACAGGCACCUAUAUCUCAUUCACAUGGAGCGGUGUCGAAAGCGUGACGUACGUGUCGGUCGAAACCGGUCAGACGAAGACUUUAUCCCCAACAGUGUUCAACUCUGUGGCGACUAAGGAGUCGAAUACGUUCAUGAUUUGUGCCAAGUCUGCUGGUAUCAUUUACUUCCGAGGCUGGGGCAGUUCUACUUGUAAAGAGGCGUCAUCUAAACACUCAAUCACGAUCGAAGCGGGCGGCUCGAAAACCACAUGUGACGCGUAUAACGUGUCUACGCUUUCAAGUUCCGGCGGCAACUCGGUGACCGCUGGUGAGACCGUGGAGGGAUGUAAUCAGGAACGAGCUGCUCUAGUAAGUGUUAAUGGAAUCGAGACUUGCGUAUGCGCCUCGGGCUGGACGAACCCGCCGGAGUGCGAUCACUGGCCUUUUUGGAAGUGGCUCUUGACAAUUGGUGGUGCUGUUGCCGCACUUGUUAUUGUUAUAUCUAUUCUGUUCUCUGUGCGGGCAUUUGUGCAAAAACGCAAAAAGAAGAAGGAGGAGGAGGAAAAUUAUCACAUGAACUUGGCCCCGAAGAAGCACGAGGAUGAGGGGUACCGAGAAAACUUGGCUCCGAUGGGUACCAAGAGCGACCUUGGACCGCUUGAUUACACACCAGAGAGCGGAUACCACGAUGGUUCGACAAUGAUGACUCCCAUCAAGGAAGCUGAACGUACACCAGGAGGCACUAGGAAAUUAGAUGAACGUUUGUUUUCACUGUAA